AUGGCUGAUUAUGGUCCACAGCCUAGGCAGGCAAGUGGAUCCAAGCGACCCGUUCCACUGGAAGACGGGAACUGGGUCUGCGAAGAUUCGGCUUGUCUCAAUGUUAACUACCCUCGUCGCACUGAGUGCCAUAAAUGCGGGAGACAACGUGGACCUUUGGGCGACACGAUCGUGGCGGAGUACAACAAGCGAAUGAGAGGCCAGCGAACGGGCGAUGCGGGUGGUUGCGGUUACAACCAAGGCAGAGUGCAGGUACUGCAGCAUGACCCGUACGGUGCAGCUGCGGCAGCUGGUUUUGGUGCUGGUGCUGGUGGUGGUGAUGGUGGUUUUGGUGCUGGUGCGACUCUUGCUUCUCAGUAUACGGUGGCUGCUGAUCCCGGUUAUGGUGCUGGUGCAGGCCGAAGGUCCACGCUUAGCGCGGCUGCCGAAGGCAAGCGGUUAGCGGAGCAGCUUGUAGCGAGCUUCGCCAUGUCAGCCGACCCCAUCGCUGACGCGGGAGAGUGUCUCGCCCCCGCCACGCUCUGGCUCCAAACCAUGAAAUCGCGCAUGAACAUCCCCGGGGGCGGCGGAGAUCCUUCCGCGGCCGCCGCGAACACCGCGGCAAUGGCGGCGGCGGCCGCGUACGGUUACACACCCGCAGGUCCAGUGACAGGGGAUCAAGCGGGAAUGGCGUAUUUCUACCAGCCUGCGCCAGGGGGAUUCGUACAAAUGGGCGGGAUGCCGCAGUUUGCGGCCAUGGCUGCUGUUCCUGCUGCCCGACCUCCGUCUGUGAAGCCCAUCCCCGCUAAUAUCAGCUUCGAGGAUUAUAAGGAUCGCCCGAGUGAUUUCCUCAGGGAGUUUGGAGAUCCAGCAGCGCUGCAGUCCCAGCGGGGGCUGAACCACACACGCCCCGUGGUGGGAGUGAACGGCAACUGGGCGUGCUCCUCGUGCCAAAACGUCAACUUUCCGCGCCGCCACAGCUGCCACCAGUGCGGCGCCAAGCGGGGUGCUGUGGACUGGCGAUCUAUACAUGCCACAGUUGGCACCAGUGCAGCACCUAGUGAAGAUGGGGAGGAGAUUGUUCCUAACUAUGUGAAGCAGCUCACAGAAGAGGCGAAGAAGCAAGGCGGGGUCUAG